CAAGGCCCACCCCCUUGGCUUUGGGGUUGGCUGAGGAAAGAUCUUCCGUUGACCCACUUCCGUUACUUGCUGCGGAGGACCGUGGGCAGCCAGGGUCGGUGAAGGAUCCCAAGAUGGCUGGGCGAAAACUUGCUCUAAAAACCAUUGACUGGGUAGCUUUUGCAGAGAUCAUACCCCAGAACCAAAAGGCCAUUGCUAGUUCCCUGAAAUCCUGGAAUGAGACCCUCACCUCCAGGUUGGCUGCUUUACCUGAGAAUCCACCAGCUAUCGACUGGGCUUACUACAAGGCCAAUGUGGCCAAGGCCGGCUUGGUGGAUGACUUUGAGAAGAAGUUUAAUGCCCUGAAGGUUCCCGUGCCAGAGGAUAAAUAUACUGCCCAGGUGGAUGCCGAAGAAAAAGAAGAUGUGAAAUCUUGUGCCGAGUGGGUGUCUCUCUCAAAGGCCAGGAUUGUAGAACAUGAGAAAGAGAUGGAGAAGAUGAAGAACUUAAUUCCAUUUGAUCAGAUGACCAUUGAGGACUUGAAUGAAGCUUUCCCAGAAACCAAAUUAGACAAGAAAAAGUAUCCCUAUUGGCCUCACCAACCAAUUGAGAAUUUAUAAAAUUGAGUCCAGGAGGAAGCUCUGGCCCUUGUAUUACACAUUCUGGACAUUAAAAAUAAUAAUUAUACAGUU